GAUUAGCAAACCCUAAUCUUAUCGCUAAGCAGCCCCAACGUCACGUCAAGAACACGAGGCUGCCACUCCAUGCCCUUUGGCUCCUGUCCCCAAACAUCUGCUUGACGCACUCAUCGCCGUUAUGGAUAAUGACCAGCAGCCUCCGCCGGCGCCCCCAGAAGCUCCAGACAAGGAGAAAAUGGACCAGAUUCGGCGGCGACGACUCGAAAAGCUGUCCGGGGCUUCAGCUCCAAAAAGCACACAGCCGACCCUAGGAUCCACAGGGAUUUCUUCAUCUUCAACUCCACCUAUCUCCUCUGAAAACGCUGAGCCUGCGGUGAAACCAAAGAUCAACAUCACCAAAGCGCCAACUCCCCCCAUAGCCCUCUCCAGCAAAGUCAGCCCGGGCACCCAAGACGCAGCGGACCUCCCCACCGCUUCCCCGCGACCCAACCCCCCAAAGAAACAGACGCCUGCUUCAGUUGAUGAGUUGCUCGAGGCUUAUGAGAACAGAACGUUGGGAAGCAUCUUCCGCAUCACCUUAGACCCAAACCAAACAGUCGAUUCUUCAAACCAUAAGCUCAUAUAUCUUCCGAAUCUACGUCAAGAGUUGGAAGAUGAGAAAUCUCCUAUUAUGCUAACCAAAGAAAGGCUGGAUUCUGCUAUCCUCGAGGCAGCUUCGGCAAUCCCGCAUAGCAAAGGUGCUUUGGACUACCUGAUACCUUGUUGGAAGCGGAUAAUGAGGACUUUGAAGGGAAUUAGGGGGUAUGCUAGUGGGAAAGAUGCCAUUUUAAAAGAAGCUAAACGCCUUUGCAUGAGCAACUGCGUGUUUGCUGUGGAAAUGCCAGAAUUCUUUGGUCGUGAACCCAACUCAGCAUUGGACACCUUGACACCCUACUUAUUGUUAGAGCCAGAAGAGGAGAGGGGCAUCAGCCCCGACUUCCUGGCUGAAAUGGAGGCUCGUUUUGAGGAGGAUGAAUCCAUUAAGCCAAUGUUGAGGAAAGCUGUGAUUGGCUUGAGCCAGCAACUCGCGACGAUGUCAAUGAAUGACAAUUACAAGCCAUACGUUCAUGCAAUGAAGGCUUUAUCUCAAUUUCCGAAGUUUGUCUCAGCCAUCGCAGAGGACCCAUUAUUUCAAAUGGCAACCUCUGCACCUGGAAUUGAGAAGCACACUAUCCUAGGCCCAUUCUUUCGCAUCUCCCCACUACAAGCAGAAGUCACCAAGGAGUAUUUUGCUGCACCGAAGACGAUGGACAAACGUAAAGUUCAUACCUCUCAAGAAGCGCUGAGACUUACUUUACAGACCCACCAGAGAGAUCUCCUUGAUAUUGUCAAUCACUUUGUGCGUAGCAGCCCCGAGUCAAGGAACAAAACUCUUGAUUGGUUUGCAUAUAUUGUGAACUCGAACCAUAAACGGCGGGCUCUACGGCCCAAUCCAGAGGAACUGUCUUCUGACGGUUUUUUGAUGAAUGUCACAGUGGUCUUAGACGGUCUUUGUGAACCUUUCAUGGAUGCUACAUUCUCAAAGGUCAAUCGUAUCGAUGUUGAUUAUUUGAGGCGCAAUCCACGAGUCGAGAUUAAGGAUGAAACAAAGCUCAACGCUGACGAGAGUGCCUCGACGGAGUAUUAUGAGACUGUGGUUUCAGGAACCUCAAAUUUCAUCUCCGAAGUUUUCUUCUUGACGCUUGCUGCACACCAUUAUGGAAGCGAGGCUACAAACAGCAUGCUCAAGUCUCUGGACAGGGAAAUCAAGUAUUUAACAGACAAGGCGAAGGAACUGGAGGCAGAGCGCCCCAAAUUUGCAGGUUCUCCAUUCAAUAUGGCGAGGCUCGAGGAACAAUUGAGAAGAGUCAGCGAUGCUCUUGAAAAAGCAAUGUCGUUCAAAUUCGCUGUAGAGGGCGUUUUGUUUGACAAAGUGAUGCAGGCGAGGUCACUCAAUUUCAUGAGAGUCGUAACCGUAUGGCUUUUGAGAAUUGCUACCCAAUCUGACUAUACCCCUGACAAGACUAUCAAACUCCCUCUUCCAGCACAGCAACCAGAUGCCUUUCGAUUCUUACCUGAGUACGUCCUGGAAGACAUCGUUGGUAACUUCAACUUCAUAUUUAGGUUCCUUCCGGAUGUCAUGAUCUCAGCAGUCGGUGAUGAGGUUAUUGCGUUGUGUAUUACGUUCUUGACCAACUCUGAAUACAUCAAGAAUCCUUAUUUGAAGGCCAAGCUUGUAUCUCUUUUAUUUCACGGAACUUGGCCUAUUUACCAUCGCACGAAAGGUGUUUUAGGAGAUUCUUUGAUUGGGACAAAAUUCGCGAAUGACCAUUUGCUCCACGCCCUUAUGAAGUUCUAUAUCGAGGUCGAAUCAACAGGAGCACACACCCAGUUCUACGACAAAUUCAACAUCAGAUACGAGAUAUUCCAGGUCAUCAAGUGCAUUUGGACAAACACGGUCUACCAAGACCGCUUGACACAGGAAAGCAAGACGAACACGGAAUUCUUCCUAAGAUUUGUUAAUCUACUCCUGAACGAUGCCACUUAUGUUUUGGAUGAAGCAUUGACGAAGUUCCCGAAAAUCCAUGACCUUCAAGCUGAAUUACGGCCGCCGAAUUCCCUUACUGCCGAACAAAGAACAGCAAAAGAAGAAGAACUUGCAACGGCAGAAGGCCAGGCCCAGUCCUACAUGCAACUAACAAAUGAAACGGUAUCGAUGAUGAAGCUUUUCACCAAGACCCUAAGUGCUUCUUUCACAAUGCCCGAAAUCGUUGAACGAGUUGCUGCCAUGGUCGACUAUACUCUUGACACGCUUGUGGGUCCCAAGUCCCUCAAUUUGAAGGUUGACGACCCCAAGAAGUAUCAAUUUGAUCCAAAAACCCUGCUGAGUGAAUUCAUUGAGAUCUAUCUCAAUCUGGGAGUCUCGGAGAGUUUUGUUGAAGCUGUGGCUGGUGACGGGCGAUCAUACAAGCCGGAAAAUUUUGAGCGAGCAUCUCGCAUUCUAACACGACAUGGCCUCAGAUCCACUGAAGAUAUGGCAGCAUGGGAAAAUCUCAAGGGCCGCUUCAAGACAGCCAAGGAACUGGAAGACCAAAAUGAAGAGGACUUGGGAGAUAUUCCUGAUGAGUACUUGGAUCCAAUCAUGGCAACCUUGAUGAAGGACCCUGUCAUACUACCCGUGAGCAAACAGAUAAUCGACCGAAGCACUAUUCGAAGUCAUUUACUCAGUGACCCUCACGAUCCAUUCAACCGAUCGCCAUUGAAGAUUGAGGAUGUCAUCGAAAAUCCGGAAUUGAAGGCGAAAAUCGUUGCUUGGAGAGCAGAGAUGAUGCAGAAGGCCAAGGCUGCACGCGGUGAUGAUUUGAUGGACACUUCGGCUGGUUAGACUGUCAUAUUGCAUUUCACACUGGUUAUGAGUUUGGGACUGGCGUUGCUGAUGCCUGCAUAGCCAACGUGUCUGGAGUUUGCGGCGAUUCUGAAAUCACUUUCAUAGAGCAAAGGUAAAUUCAGUAUCAACUGGGUUUCCCAUUCCUUCGGAAAUCCAUGUUAAGAACUCCAGCAUAAGAAGAAACGUUUAUGUCUCUUGAGCAACAGGGCCGCGUGGGAGACUAAUCGGCCUCGCCUCGC